UUGAUGCCAGUUGUUUCAGCAGGGAGGUGAAAGGGCUCGGACAUGAUGUUCAAGCACAUGUGUAACUUUAAUGUAAACAAACUCUUGUGCCUUUGUGGAUGCAUGGCUGUGUGUUUUUUGCUACUAGAUCAGUUAGGAACAAUUGUUUUAAAACUUGUAAAGAGGGAUUUUCCCAGAAGUUUGUUUUAAACUUGCUACCCUUGUCUUAAGUUGCGUAAUUUUUGGUAAGAAUAUAUACAGGUAGUAAAAAUUAAUAGUAGUGUGCAACCUAAAAAUCACAUGCCAUUAAAACUAUGAGAGACUGUUUUUAUCAUAUGUUUAACUCCAUUUUAUAUUUGUAAAAUUCCAUUGUUUGUAUAGGCUUUCAGAUGAAAGAGAUAUUGUAACAUUGUCUCAAAUUAUAAAAUGAAAUUCUUUGAGACAGCAUUGUAGUACGUGUGUACAGUAUAAGAACAUUAAAUUAUUGAUAUUCACAUAGUGAGGCAAAUAUUGAUGAUUUUUCUCUUAUUACCAUGUUUUUGGGGAAUUUGGCUAGGUUUCAAGAUGCUGUAGACGAACAUGGACUUAAAAUUAUCUUGAGUCUGGUUUAAAUUAAGUAAAACAUGGUUUUGUGAUCCAACCCUUUCUAGUGUACAUGCAAGCUUAAUUAUUUACUCUAUUAGAUGCCAGAUUUGUUAAACACAUUCUCUAAUCAAGGUAGAAUUGUUUUCUGGAGUGGUGAUUUCUUUUUAAUUGAUACAUCCCUCAGGCACUUUUUUUUAAAUCAAUGAGAAACACACUUCAAACCUCCUUAGAUCUUUACACGUAUUUUGAUGGUUAGGCAAAGAUUGCGUGACUGAUUGUACUAAAUAAGUCUCAUUGUCUGUACAACAUUUGACACCUGUUGGAAACAACUGCCCUUUGAAAGUUCCAACUCUUUGGAGAACAUUCUGUAUUUUGGAUGAAAUAGCGAUCAUCUGUAUAAAUUAUCAGGGAACAAAGGAAAGGGCUUUUGGUCAAAGGGCAGCCCAUGGAAGCAGAAAUAUUUCAUGCUGAAAAGGACAGGAGAUAAGCCAGUUCUUGAAUAUUACAGCAAGAAGCCCAAAAGUAAAAAUUCUAGUUCCCCAAAAGAUAAAGUGGUGUUAUGGCCAACCUUCAGAAUAGAGAAAGUGACCAAUACUCGCAACAGAGCUUACGUGUUCGAGCUGACCACAGGCGACAAAUAUCUGUGUCUGUCAGCAGACGAACAAAGACGUAUGGACAUUUUUGUCUUCAUUCUCCAAAGUCAAAUGCAGCUAAAGAGGGAAAUCAAAGAUGAUUUGAUCAUUGUUCAGCCAGAAAAUUCAGAAUCUCAAAGGAGAAUAGGUGCAAAAGGGACUAAUUGUAUUCUACACAUAGCACCAUGGGGGGUAACUCUAGCAUUAGAGAGCACCAGAUCCAUCCUGGCGCAGUGGCCACUAAAGAGUGUGCGAUACUUUGAGGCCAGCAGUCAGGGAAAGUUCUUGUUGGAAGCUGGGAGGGUAGCUCCUAUGGGCGACGGCUUGUAUGUGUUUCAGACCCAGAAAGGCAAAGACAAUUAUAUCUAUGACUUGCUGGAUCAACACAUCGUGAAUGCUCUUAGCAAAACACAGCCCGGUCGCCGUGGUACAACAGAGGAGAUGGAGGAUUACAUCGUGGAAUCAGAAAAGUUAUCUGCCCUUACCACUAUAGCUCCAUUAACCAUGAGUCAACCUGAACUUCCCAGAAUCCUCCAGGAAAACUGGAACUUCACGGCCACAAAUUCAGGUUUACCGAAGCCAAAACCAGUUGUCCAUGUCAGACAGAACAGUCAAAUGUCAGACACAGGACAUGCUCCACCUCUUCCAAACCGUCUUCCAUCUCAUAAUUCAACCAAUAGUGUACAACAGCAGAGACCCCCUGCUCAAGUAAUGAAUCAUGGCUUCCACAACAGUAUCUCCGACUCAUUGUUAGAUCGCCCUCCCAUGCCUCCACCAACUUAUUCUUCCUCUAGAUCCAACAAGCCUGCUGACAGGGACUCUCAAACCAAACCUCUCUCUAUACCAGCCGGAGACUCCAGAGUUAGCCAAGCCUACUUCCGAAUGAAUUCUAGUUCAAGCAGUGGUGUACCCAACAGCAUUUCAUCCCAGUUUUCUCCAAUUGGAAACUGGACUCCACCUCCAACAUUUCAGGAGGCUACAGCAUAUAGUCCCAUGGAUAGAACUUUUCCUUCACAGGGUGGAUAUCUAACUCCAAGGCAUAGUGGAGAAGUGGAACCCAACCGAAAUUCAAACUACCCGGAACAAUAUAUCCUACCAACACAUGGUCAAGAUUCAGUGCAAUUUAGUAGUCUUCCAAGAUCAAAAAAUAAAACUAAUUCUAAUGAAAGAAAAAGAACUAGUAAGUACAGACUUAGAUCCUCAAGUUGUGAGCAGUUAGACUCUUACGAUUUAAAUUCAGCCAUUACAGAAGUGUCUCGGAGGCGUAGUGUGGAUCAGUGUGGAGAUAAGCCCUAUGACCUUGCCAAACCACAGCCACCUUUCAAGAAUCUUCACAAUUACAGGGGAAGCAUGGAGAUGAUAAAUGAUGAUAGGAGAGGAUCCAUGGAUCAUUAUUACAAUAUUAAUGGACUUAAAGGAUCUGUUGAUGCCAGCCCUAAUCCUUCUGUGGGGGAAGUGAGAAGGAGAUUUAAUGAAGGAGCUCGGGAGGACACUCUCACUAGAUCAAUAUCCAAUCCAAACUUCAUGCAAAUCAGCACAAAAGACAAGUUUGGAGAAGUAAAAGCGUAUCCCAGCAAGCUUGAUAGUAAGCGUAAGAGCAAGUCCUUGUUAAACUUGUUUAGAAAAUCCAAAGACGGGAAAGACAGGAGAAGUUUAGGGAGUAGCAGUAACCCCAGUAGUCCUGUAGGGACUCUUACCAGACAGACUAGCAUCCCAAUGAUAAGCAUAGGAGGAAAAGAAGUCUACUUCACUGAGAGGUCUCGCUCAUUUAGAAAACCCAAGAAUAAAGGGACAGACAGUGCAGAAAACACCCCUCCUAGCAGCAGACACAACAGUUACAGUAAAGCGUCUGCUGCGUCCAACAGAGAGUUGCCUCCAUCAGGAAGCAGACAUAGCAGUGCCUCCAAAUCACCAGCCAUCCCUAGGAAAGAUCUUCCUCCUUCUGGUGGUCGUUACACAAAAUCGCCUGCAGCAAACCGUAGAGACCUUGUAAAUGCAAUGUCCCCACCUCUACCAAAGCGAGAGAGGUCUUCCUCUUAUGUUAACGUGGCUCAUUCUCGCUCUGGCAGUGAUAUUUCUAGUAACGCUGGCAGCAACAGCAUCAUCCAUCACAGAUCUGGGAGCGACCUAGGCAGCAGCAGUACAGGAAGUAGGCAGAGCUCCGAGAUGAGGCACAUGUCAUCUAGCAGCAGUAAAGCAGAAACUGUCUGUUGAUUUUUACCAAUACAAAUUAGCACAAAAUGUGAUUGAUUUAUUAAUUUUUUUUAUUGUUGUAUUUUAGAUUGCUCUAUUACUCUUUUGAGUAAAGCAAGUGAGAACUAUGAUCAAAAUGUAUCUUUUACUGGAAUUACUGUAUAUACAUAUGUGAAACCACUUUAAAAAUUUGUUUUGUACAAUACAUGUAUAUUCUGGUUUAAAAUGAAAAGUGUUUGUACAGAUAAAUGCUUGCCAAGUGUGGCAUAUACAUGCAUUCAUAUUGUAUAAGAUGCAAUUGUUGUAUAUUUUUAUUUCCCAUGCAAUGGGUUUAAAUAUGAAGAUAAUGAAUCCAGUAGUUUGCUCUCGAGUCAUCACUAGCUUCAUGCAUGUACCAAUUGUGAGAUCAAAAGUUAGCCCAAAACAUUGAUUUAGAACAAUAUAUUUUUGUUAAAUAUAUUAUCAUUUAGUAUCAGUCAUACUUUUACGAUUGGAUAGGCAUUGUAGUUACAGCUCAAGUAAAUAGUAAUUAAUGGAGUGUAGUAUCACAUAUUCUCAGUUACAAAAAAUAUUCUUAACGUUGUGUUCAAAUUGUUUUAUUGGCAUAAUUCCACUGUUUUACAUCAGAGUAAUGUACACUUACAUGUAUAUCCACCCAUCUACUUUAAUGCUGGUUCUUACACCAUUUUUUUUUGUUUACUUAAUCCAAUGUGUCAAGUAUAUCUAGCUCUGUUAUACAUUGUGUAUGUAUACUAGUAUCUAACUUUGUUGUCAGUAUAUAUUUUUAGAAUCAAACUUUUGAUGUUGUGUUUAUAUACGUAUGCUUAUUGCAUAUAUAGAUGUUGUAUAUUUUAUGGGUUUGUAUAUUUACCAUCAGAGACCAACACUGUGUCACAAGGUUGAAAGGCAUUACCAUGGUUCUCUGUAUUUUAUUUUUCCCUAUAUGAAGUCUUUAUGAACUUAGUUUUAAACUGUAAAACUCACAUUGUAAACACACAGGGCUACUGAUGUGCAAUGAGCGUGAUUGUCUGGCUUUUAUAGUAUACAUGUAGAAUAAUCAUUUGUUACCCUUAAAACCAUGUUAUAAAAGUUUACUAAGAUGAAAGUGAAUGGUAUAACUGAUUGAGGAACAGUAUUUUGAAAAUGCAAUAUAGAAUUAAAUUAGAUUGUCACUUUUUGUAUGUUUUCAUUCCUGUUAUCCCUAGGUUAGCUGCUAGAAGUCAUUGUAGUAACACACCUAGCCCAGUGAACUGUUUUGAUACAGAGUUUAUCCGUGUUUCAGUUGUUCUGUUUGGUGAUAAAAUGUUGUUUCAUACAAGAAUAUUAACUUGUUCUAUAAAGCACUGACCUGCUAUUUGAGUAGAUGCCUGUUUUGACAAUACCUACUCUUCAUUCCCACCAUUUAAUAUAUAGUUAUGGGUACAAAAAGCAUAUGGUUAAAUUGUAUUGGCCCCUGUGGGUUUAAAUCCAUCAUAAUUUUUGGACACAUAAAUUUUUGGGACAAUUUGUUUUUUAUGGUCAUUGUUAAUGUAGUUCAUUUUAAUACUUGUUUAAUAAUAAAUGUUAAUUAUGACAGUGUAUUUUAGUAAUUAAGUUUGGGAAAUGAUAUUUUAUACAUGUUCAUGUCUAUUUUUAUAAUUUUGUGUUUAGUUUGUAACCUAUGCAAUGUUUUAAAACCAACCUUUACUUUAUAAGGCCAGACCUGUUUACCAUCACAUUUUUGCUUUCUGAUUUUCAUGUCCCAAAUUUCAAAAUCAAAAGUUUAUAUCUGGUUUAUUAUGCAAGUAUCAGAUUCACAAAGUAUGAAGUAUAUAAUUAAUAUUGUCCGUCAAAAAUAUUACCAAAAAUAACCCUAUUUUGUGUUUAAAAGGACAAAUUGUUCAGAAAUAUUUUUUUGGCAUAAAAUGUGAAAAGUAAAAUAUCAUUGUUUAUUAUAAAAUCAUACCAUCUAACUGUUUUUUAAAAAGGUGAAAAAAAAAUGUGAAAGAGGGUAAAAAGGUCUUUAAAGAAAUAUUGUAUGCAAACAAUGAUAUUUUACUUUCGAUUAAUCGCAUUGUAAGAGAUUUAAACAGUUGUGAGGGAAGAGAAAUAACUUGUAGCUUUGAAUUGGACUAUUUUCGAUGAGAUUGAAAAUAAUACUGGCACUAAGUUUCCCUGCAUACAAUAACACAGUUUGGUUUACUGGUAGUUCAGGAAAUUAAAGUGAAAACAGGUGUGAAAUUUAUAUUUGAAAAUUAUGUAUACUUGGUAAAAUUGUUAUUCAUUGUCCAGAAUGCCUCAUUGAUGUUAAACUCACUUUAAUAUUAGUUUACUGUUUACCAUUAGGGCAUAUAUACUUUAUAUACAAAUUUACUGGAAAAGUUUGGUGCAUUAUGGAAAACAAAUGGCAGGAAAAUAAUUUUUUGAAGUUAUAUUAACACUAAUUUAUGAUAUUAGUACAAUUUAAUAAUUGAUAAUUAUUACAUGUACUUAUCUGAACAAAAAUUCUCUAUUUUUUGCAUUGACAUUUCUUUUAUAUAUUAUAAAGAAAUUUUAAAUUAAAUCUCUUAAAAACCAUUCCCAUGGGAAAAAUAUAUAAUUUAGCAAGCAGUUGAAAAAUAUCUUUUAGUCUUAACAAAGCUGUUUCAUCAGUUAUUGUCAAAUUCCUUGUGAUUGAUGAAAAGUACCUUAACAACAAAAUCCAUGCAAAUGAAAAAAGGCAAUACGGUCUGUUAUUGCAAAGUGAUAUUUUAAAUAGAUAUACAUGUAUGUAUAGGUUAUCUAAUUAUGCUCUUUGUUAAUUUUAAAAUGAUUGUUGCUUUUAAAUUGAAGUAUUAAAUUGAAUAUAUCAACACUC